AUGAUCUGCACUCACUACAUCCAGGAAGUCUCUCCUUCUCCCUCGCUCCUCCCUCCUCCCUCGCUCCUCCCUCCUCCCUCGCUCCUUCCUCCUCCCUCGCUCCCUCCUCCUCCCUCGCUCCUUCCUCCUCCCUCGCUCCUUCCUCCUCCCUCGCUCCUUCCUCCUCCCUCGCUCCUUCCUCCUCCCUCGCUCCUUCCUCCCCCCUCGCUCCUUCCUCCCUCGCUUCUCCUGCUCCCUCACUGCUCCUCCUCCACCCCCCCCUCCCACACUGUGUCCUAA